GGCUCACAGCUGGACAAGUAGUACUGCCCACUGUGAGAAGUCCGAGGCCCUCAUUCGCGCGAUUGCUCAGAUAGGACGCAGCCGUUUGCGAAGCUUCAGGUCUACUGGAAACCAUGAGCGGCCUAAUGGAAUACAAUGGCUCUGCCAUUGUGGCCAUGACAGGUGAGAAUUGUGUGGGCAUCGCGGCAGAUACGCGCCAUGGAAUUCGGCAGCUGCAGACAGUCAGCUGUAAUAGGCAGAAGACUUUCCAGGUGACAGAUCAAUGCUUUGUGGGGCUGGCCGGGUUGGCCACAGAUGUUCAGACGCUUAGCCAGCUCUUGAACUUCCGGAUGAAGCUCUUCACUCUUCGCGAGGAGCGAAAGAUGCAGCCUCGCAUGAUUGGCAAUAUGAUCUCUUCCAUGCUGUACGAGAAGCGGUUCGGACCGUGGUUCACAGAGCCGGUCGUCGCCGGCCUGGACGACAACCACAAGCCGUUCGUGUGCGCCUUCGACUUCAUUGGAUGUCUUUCUACUGCGGAGGACUUUGUUGUCUCUGGCACCACUUCUGAGCAGCUCUUUGGCGUUUGCGAGUCCUUCUGGCGGCCUGGUAUGAACAAGGAUGAGCUCUUUGAGACCCUUUCCCAGUGUCUACUAUCUGGUGUGGAUCGUGACUGCCUGGCAGGCUGGGGUGGUGUGGUGCACGUCAUUACGCCAGAUGAAAUCAUUACCAAGAAGUUGAAGGGUCGCAUGGACUAGCACUUGCAGUGAAAGUGAGAGAGUGCCCUGUGAACGAACACAUGCACAGGCUGAAGCUGAAAUUGCACUCCUCUUGAACGAGAG